CAGUACGCAAUGAAAGGAGACGAUUUUGAGGAUGAGAAAAUUUUUAUGAUUGAACAAUAUUUAACAAACAAAAUUAACUUAUUUAUGCUUAAAGCUCUAAGGAAGCUUCCCAAUUAGUCAAUAGUGUACAACGUGGGCAUUAUCCAACUUCAGUGAUGGUUUGGUGGGGUGUUACGAAGGAAUGACUGAAUCAUAUUUUUGUGAAAACGGUGUCAAAACAUCGGCACAAGUGUAUCAAGAGACCAUUCUUGAGAAGCAAGACUUGGCUCCAGGUCAUAAAGCUCGGUCCACCCAAUCUUGGUUGGAAACCAACGUUUUGGACUUCAGAGCUGAAGACUGGUCGUCAUCUAGUUCCGAUCUUAAUCUUCUGGACUAUGAUUUAUGGUCAGUUUUAGAGAAUAUGGCUUGCUCUAAAUGCCAUUAUAAUUUGGGGUUCCUAAAACAAUCCAUACAAUUGGCAGUGAAGAAUUUUCCCAUGGAGAGUGUGUGCUUCUAUUGAUAACUCGCCUCAAUGUUUAAAGAACUGUAUUGCAGACAAUAAAGACCACUACUAAUAAACUUUAUAUAUUUUUAA